AAACCACCAAACUCAAACUCGCACCGCCAUCACCCCGCGCAAUCCUCCGCCCCCCGCCGCCCCCAGGAAGCCAACGCAGCAAGCCCGUCGUUGCAACCAAACUCGCGCACGCUGCCGCCGCCUCAGCCACACGACGCGCACGUGCGCGCGGAAAAACCCUCGCGGACGACCGCCGCUUCUCUCCUUCACGUCCGCGCAAUGGCCUCCAUGAACGAUGCCCGCGAUAUCAUGGGCUUGGCCGCCGGCCAGGACCUGCCGAAGCCCCCGCCGCUCAAGAAGCAGAAGUCGGCUCCGGCAAAACGCGUCACUGGCAUCAACCGCGAAGUUCAGGCGCUCUACGGCGAGCGCGCCCCGCCGGUAGCCGUCGUCGAGGCGGGCAAGUCGUACCAGCCCAAGCGGAAAUGGGGCGCAAACAAGGGCCCGGCUCAGAAAUGGAUACAGAGGCCCUUCACGAACCCGGCGCGCACUGACGGACUCGUUCUGAGGCACUGGCAGCGACUCGACCCCAACAACACACCACCGGCACAACAGGAUGGAGACGUCACAAUGGAGAACACUGAGAAUCAGGACCCUCUUCUGGAAACCGACUACCCGUUUGCCAAAUUCAACAUCCAGCCCGACGGGCCCGAAUACGACGAUGAGCUGUACGAGGCGCAUCUGCGCAGCGACGAAUGGAGUAAGGAGGAGACAGACUACCUGGUUGAGACGGUCAAGGAAUACUACCACCGCUGGCCGGUCAUUGCGGACCGCUACGACUUCCAGCCAAAGCAACCUUCCGCGGACCCCAACGCGCCGGACGGAGCCGCUGCGCCACCCGCCAUUGUCGCCAAGAAGCGCAGCAUGGAAGACAUGAAGUUUCGGUACUACCAGAUCAGCGCCAAGCUGAUGGAGCUGAAGACGCCCAUCGCGUCCAUGACCAACGCCGAGUUCGGCCUGCACGAGAUCUUGACCAAGUUCGACCCGGACCGCGAGAAACAGCGUAAGAAGGUAGCGGCGGCCUUGCUCGAGCGCUCGGUCGAGGAAAUCGCCGAAGAGCAGUUCCUGCUCGGCGAGCUGCAGCGCAUCAACACCAACUACGAGCGGCUGUGCGCCGAGCGCGAUGAGGUUCGUGCACGCCUCGGCGCUCCCCAGACGCAGGCCAACACGUCGGCGGCGCAGUUCCAGUCGAGCGCGGCGCUGUCGCAGCUCUUCAACCAGCUGCUGGCGCACGACCGCAGCAAGAAGCGCAACGGACGCCUGUCGCUCAACACGUCGGACAGCAUGGGCGGGGGCACGCCGUCCGGGCACCAGACGCCGGUGACGGGCGGCGGGCUCAGCGGCGGCGGGCACCGCGACUCGCUGGGCGGCGGGGGCGCGCCGGGCGGGCACAACAAGCGCGCCAGCCUGGUCGGCCCGUCGGGCCUGGCGGCCCAGCAAGGCCAGCAGCAGAGCAUGCCGCCGCGGCAGCUGACGGCGCGCGCGCAGCAGCGCCUCGGCGUCACGCAGCACGAGCGCCUCACGUCGGGCGUCACGUUCCGCAGCGACCGGCUCAACAAGCUGCGCCUGGCCAAGUCGACGAUCCAGACGCAAAAGGUCGCGGCCGCCCUCGCCGAGCUGCGCAUCCCGGAGAUAGUGGCCCUGCCCACCGUCGACGUGUGCGACGCCUUCGAGGGCCUGGUCGGCAAGAUUCACAAGCUGCUCGACCUGCGCAAGCUGCUGGAGAAAGAAGAAGCCGAGGUCGCCGUCGCCGAGAACGUGCGCAAGGAGCGCCUGAGGCGCGAGGCCCUGGAGCACGGCGAGGACCCGGAUGCCGCCACUGCCGCUGCGGAGGAAGAGGGCGAGGCCGACGCCAACGCCGACAAGGGCGACGUCAAUGGCAAUGGCGAGGCGGUGGCCGCGAAGGGCAAGGGCAAGGCGGACGCUGAGACGACGAAUGGCACUACGGGGGAGGCGGAGCAGGAGGAGCAGGAACAGAACAAGGACGCCGAUGUUGAUGCCGAUGUUGAUGCCGACGCGGAUGCGGAUGCCGACGCCGACGCAGAUGCAGAUGCAGACGCCGAUGCCGAUGGCGAGGCCGACACGCCCAUGCCGGAUGCGCUGCCCUCGACGGAGCGGGACGAGGCAGGGCCGAAUGGCGUGGAGCACGAUGAGGGUGGAGGAGCAGGCGGGGAGGCGGCAUCAUCCGCGGCGGGCCAGAAGCGCAGUGCGAGCGAGAUGAGCGGGACGAGUGGUGGGAGUAAGCGGAAUAGAAAGUAGGUACUUUGUAUGUAGUAUGGAUGUACGUGAGUUAGAGAGUG